UCUCCUUUUCUGCAUCCGCUCGAGCCUCCGCUGCCAGCACACACACACACAUACUCGCACACUCUCCUCCUCCUCCUCUCUCUCUCUCUCUCUCUCUUCGCCAUUUCAUUUUCCUCCCGGGAGAGGAUCGGCGUUUCUUUUUCUCCUCGCACACCCCGGUCCUUCCUUCCUUCCUUCCUCUCUAUUUCUCUCUCUCUCACACACGCUCUUCACUCUGCGCUGUGCGCUCUGCGGCUGGCCCACAGUCGUGCCCCCAAUUGCGAUAGCUCGAAUCGCUCGCUUGCUGGGGCAAUUGUGAGUGAGGGAGAGUGAAGAGAGUGCGAGUGCGAGUGCGAGUCGAGUGCAGGCCGCCUCGAUCGCUCGCUCGCUCGCUCGACCGCCCACGCGUUGUUGUUGUCGUCGUCGUCGUCUUCGUUGUUGUCGUGAGUUGUGGGGGUUGGUGGCGGUGGACAAACAAAUACGCGGACAGUGAUUUCUCUCCUUCAGGUCGUAGUUGUGGUGGUGGUGGUGGUACACGAUCACUCUCCGUCCCUCAUUCCCGCCCCGCAGCCCUUGCCACCACCCAUUCCGUCCCGUCGCCUCUUCUUCUAUUACUGCGUGCCCGGGGCCUUACUGACUCCCGCGAGGCUGAGCCGGGCUGGACCGCGCCUGUCAUACACCAUCACCGCUACUACUUCCACCAGCAGGCGAGCAGUGAGUGAGCGAGUGAGUGAGGAAGGGAAGAAGUGAGUGAGUGAGUGACACUACCACUUUCUACUGCUACUGCUACUACUACUACUACGAGCUCUUACCCCGACUCUCACUAUCAAUAUCACCAUCACAAUCGCCUUCGCCACCACCUGACCGACCGCACGGCGAUCUUCCUCCGACGACCAAUCGGGCAAUCUACAGCUCUCGCUCGCGAGUCACUCACUACUCGGUGGAUUUAUUACACUUACCACGCGAGGUUUCACCUCUUGAUUCCAACCUACGACUGCUGCCUACUCUACUACUACUACUACUCCUUCUCUUACCGCCCUCCCCGUGGACCCGGAACUACCGGCAGUGCAUUGCCUCUCUCACGAGGUUGUGCGUUGCUGCCCACGGGGUUUCGUCACACGGUGCCGGUAGAGAGAGAGAGAGAGAGGAGAAGAGAACGAGAGACGGGAGUGAGGAAAUUGGACUGACCGACCGACCACACAUAAACUUCUUUCGCGCUCGGAGGAGGAGCAUUCGGUGCUCUUUUUCCUUUCGUGGGACACGGUUCAGAGAGCACUCACAGAGAGAGCGAGAGGAGAGGAGAGGAGAUUCGGGUUGCGCGGAGAGGGAGGCAUAUGAGGUGUUGUUGUAGCUCGACUCGUCGACAGGACUUCGAGAGUGCGGGCGAGAGAGAGGUGUCCGUUUUGUGAAUGUUCUGUCGCUCGGACUCUGUUUCGGAUACAGCUGCUGCCGCCGCUCGUAGAAGCAAGUCUCUGGACAGCACCACUUUCUAUUCUCGGUGGAUGUCUUAUAAGAUCGCAGUCGCCUCUGUUUCUGCUCCUCUCACCAGUGCGGGGUGAGUUUCCUCGCAUCUUCGAGCUCAGGCUUCGAUCCCAAUUUUCACAGCUCCGACCAUUCAUUCCAUCGUUCGUUCCUUCGUUCGUUUCCGCCGCCCCUCUGUACCCUGUCACUCGAAGAUUGUCGCAGCGAAUUCGACCUCUGGCACGUGGACAUUGCGUGAGGUCGAGGAAGUUGUUGGCACACAGCCUUUGAUCAUUCCACCCGCUUGUGCGUGCCACUCGCGUAUCUUUUCCUCGGAGAUCGGUCCGGCGAUUGAUGAUAUUCAUAUAAUACGAGAGCUGUAGAAAUUUCUUGAAAUUUUUUUGGGGGAAUCUUUUUCCCAACUCGACAAGCACAUAUAAACGAGAGAAGUUGAUAACCGGCCCAAGUACUCAACACCUGUCCCUGCGUCCGGCAUCAGCGGUUCCAAUACUGCACGUCCUCCGUCAGCACGCACACGAGGUUGCUGCAUGCAUCUCCAGGAAGCUUGACCGGUAGUUGAUUGUGGAUCGCUGAUUGGACCCUCAAAAGGCUAGGGUUAGAUCGGGGCUGACGAAGACCGAAGGUCGUGAGGCACUCGGAGGACGAGGUGGUGCUGCUGGUGCCCCUGGGGAGCUUGCUCAAGCUCGUAUAGAGCGGUUGCGGAACUCGUCUCAUGCCUGUAGAUAUGCUGUCAGUGAGCCCUCUGUCCAUGGAAGCCAACACUGAGUCUCACGGGAAGAAUGUAGACGGGUACCGUCCAACUACAGACAAUGGAUUCGAUUUUUCCAAGCUUCUGGAGGUCAAGCCACGAUCCCAUCCGACAAUUGAAACUCAGAGGUCGCUCGAUGAGAGAUCCUUCAGCGAGCAGCUCCGGUCUCCCCGACAUCGGCAAACUUUGGAGACCGUGAAAAGCUCCGAUUGCUUGGAUGGGAUGGUGACACCUUCUUCACGAUCGGCGGCCAACACCCCUCGGGGCAGCACACCGAGGGGCUUCAACACUCCCCGGCAUCCCUUCGAGCCGCAUCCCAUGAUUGGCGAUGCGUGGGAUGCAUUGCGAAGAUCGCUGGUCUACUUCCGCGGCAAGCCCGUGGGAACCAUUGCGGCGAUGGAUCCCACCGAAGACUCCCUCAAUUACAAUCAGGUGUUCGUGAGGGACUUCGUUCCGAGCGGGCUGGCCUUUCUCAUGAAUGGUGAGCCCGAGAUUGUGAGGAAUUUUUUGAACAAAGCGCUCCGUCUCCAGGCAUGGGAGAAGCGUAUUGACUGCUUCACUUUGGGUGAAGGCGUGAUGCCCGCCAGUUUCAAAGUGCUGCACGAUCCGGUGCGGAAUAGUGAUACAAUGAUAGCAGAUUUCGGCGAGAGUGCUAUCGGAAGAGUUGCACCGGUAGACUCAGGAUUUUGGUGGAUAAUUUUACUGCGAGCCUACACCAGAUCUACCGGAGAUCACAGUCUUGCCGACACGCCCGACUGCCAGCGGGGCAUGAGGCUUAUUCUAAACCUCUGUCUCUCAGAUGGAUUUGACACCUUCCCGACACUCCUCUGCGCAGAUGGAUGUGCGAUGAUCGAUAGGAGAAUGGGGAUUUAUGGAUACCCCAUAGAAAUCCAGUCGUUGUUCUUCAUGGCGCUGAGGUGCGCGAGGACAUUGCUGAAGCCUGAGAACGGCGGCAAGGAAUUCCUCGAGCGCAUAGACAAGAGGUUAACAGCUUUGAGCUUUCACAUGCGCGAAUACUUUUGGCUCGACCACAAUCAGCUCAACAACAUCUACCGAUUCAAAACAGAGGAGUACUCCCACACAGCUGUAAAUAAAUUCAAUGUCAUUCCCGAGUCCAUCCCGGACUGGGUCUUCGAUUUCAUGCCGAUGAAGGGAGGGUACUUCAUCGGAAACGUGAGCCCUGCCCGGCUGGAUUUCCGUUGGUUCGCCAUAGGAAAUUGCUGCGCCAUACUGUCAGCUUUGGCUACACCGGAGCAAUCAUCAGCUAUCAUGGAUCUUUUCGAAGAAAGAUGGCAGGAGCUGGUCGGGGACAUGCCCCUCAAGGUGUCGUAUCCGGCCUUAGAAGGUCAUGAAUGGCGAAUUGUUACCGGGUGCGACCCGAAGAACACGAGAUGGAGUUACCACAACGGUGGAUCCUGGCCAGUUCUUCUCUGGAUGCUGACAGCAGCCUGCAUCAAGACAGGCCGACCGCAGAUUGCUCGUCGAGCAAUAGGUUUAGUGGAAGAAAGACUGUCGAAGGACGGCUGGCCCGAGUACUACGACGGAAAGCUGGGGCGCUACAUCGGAAAGCAAGCCAGGAAGUACCAGACGUGGUCCAUCGCCGGCUAUCUGGUGGCGAAAAUGAUGUUGGAGGAUCCAUCGCAUCUGGGAAUGAUCAGUUUGGAGGAGGACAAAAAGAUGAAGCCUUCCCUCACAAGAUCUGCAUCAUGGCCUCCACAUCGCUUCUAGAUUUUAGCUCGGUAACUUCUGAAUUGCGUGUGUAGAUUAAUUUCUGUGUAACAUUGUAGUGGCCCCUCGUAAGGUGGAGAGGGAUGAUCAGUGUGAACUUUAGAGAAUCACUUUGUACCAUGUCAUUGUGUUGGUUUUAAAGCUGCGAGUGACAGCAGUAGGAGUAGAUGGUGGGUCAAGAGGCCCAUUCGCCAUUACCAGCCUGCCCUUCACAAGGGAAAGGUGGGCCCAUUCAAUCAAUGUUGCCAGGUCGACUAAGUCUAUAUGUACUGAUGUGCUUUUUCUAAUUUUAGUAGUAGUAAAUUUGUGCGAGAUUGAAAAUUUCGACCUGGUUCCAUGAUUC